AGAGGAGCAGGGGAAAAAGUGCGGUUCUUAAAUCGAAGCGGCCUCAAGUGGAGUUCAGCCUUGCCUGUAAUGAUCUGGUGGCCUCAGGCAGUGACAGGCAGCCCAACGCCUUGGUCCAGGUGGCUGUCAUAGAUCCCCACAAGCAGCACCUCAUCUCUCAGACCUGCACAGAGAUAGUGGAGGCGAACAAAGACCCGCUGUUUCUGACGGGGGUGACCUUCCCUUCAGAGUACCAUGCUAGCCCCGAGACCCUGGUCAAGCUAACUGUGUAUGAUGCAAAGGACAAGAACCAGGAAUCAAGCAGCUUCCUGGGCAGCGCCACGUUUUCAGUCGGCGAGCUGCUGAGGGCUAAAGAUGAACGACUGACCUUGAGUCUCAGGUCCUCUGAUGGCGCGUGUGCAGCGGGAGCAGUGGUGGUGAGUCGUCUGAAGAUGGGGGAGAUGCAGGAGGUCGACGUGGACCACAUCACCACCGACAUACCGUCACACAAGUGUCCUUUGGUUUGUGAGUCUGCUUCCCCCGCCGGCAUUGACCAUGAAAAUAACCCGCUGACAGGUCCAGUAUUCAAGAACCCGAUAUGCAAGGUGUACAGAUUUCAAACAGAGGACAACAAGUGGAUGCUCGUGCGAGAACAAAUGGAGGAGUGCACGUUGUCCUUUAGCGUCCCAAAGCAGCUGCUCUCGCUGUACAUUCAGGAAGACAUGAGCAGGGUGCAGGACCUGAGAGAGCUGGGGGAGCUUUCUCCUCACUGGGACAACUUAAGAAAAGAGGUGAUGACACGAUACGGAGGAAUCAUCAGCUCCUAUCAAGAGACUUUUGCUGAACUGGACAAGAUUGCUGGUCGUUCAUUCAAGCCGAGCUGCUGCAAAGCCCAGAAAUCUUUGGAGUUCAUCCCAAUAAACCUGCACACCCAGAGGAUGAGAGUGACGUGCCCCAAAAAAACCGAUGCAUUCUACGACAUCGUCACCGUUGGCGCCCCUGCGGCCCAUUUCCAGGGGUUCAAGUGCGGUGGUCUGCAGCGUCUCCUUAGCCGCUACGAAGCAGAGAAAAAGAGCUUCAGCACUGCCUACCAGUGCAUCUACUACUCCCCCCAGCACACGGCUGAAGCCCAGGAGGUGCUCAGCACCAUGAGCCUCCUCCAGCCCCUCAUCACAAGCUUAGCGGACCAGCUCCUCCAGGCUGCCCAGGAGCACUCCUGCCCCGGACUGAGGGAGGCACUCAAGAACCUUUCUGACAAGACGGAACAAUUUGUUCACACACUCAAGGAUGAAUUGGUCAAGAGUGCGCUACUGGCACUGCACGCCGCGCGGCCCGGGUACGUUUCCAAGAGCCAGAAGCAAAACCCGGCGCAGGCAGGCCAACAUCAGGGCCACGUCCUCCAGGGCAGCGACCAGAACCCGAGCCCGGCGCAGGGGCUCCCGGGUCACAGUCCGGCCACGUCGAUCACCGAGGACACGGCCGUGUGCAACAACGUGGACGGCUCGCAGAGCACGGCGAGGGGCGAGGGCGGGCCGCUGAAGCACCAGGACUCCAUCCCGCACCACAAGGAGUACGACGAGGAGGAAUGGGACAGGGUGUGGGCCAACGUGGCCAAAUGUCUCAACUGUGUAAUCGCCAUGGUGGAUAAACUCCUGGAAGAAGACAACAACAAGCAGGAGCCGGUGCCUGAGCAGCAGCAGCAGCAGCAGCAGCAGCAGCUCGCCGACGUCAUCAUCUCACACAACCCCGGCACCUGGAGGGAGCAGCUGUGUCCACUGGUGACCAGGUUAAAGGAGUGUGUUAUGGAGGUGGUGGAGAAGGCAAAGAGAGGCAUGACCUUUGUGCUCCUGCAGGAGGCAGCCUGCAGCAUUCCACAAGGCUUCCUCCUCCAACAGAGGCGAGACGUGGUCUUCAGUCAGGCACUUGCAGCCCUUGCCUGCGGUUUUGUCAUGAGGCUGUAUGCAGGAAUGCAGGACCAAGGCUUCCUGAGGCAGCUCCACCUGGUCGGCCUGGUGGCCCAGUUUGAGAGUCUGCUCAGCACCUACAGCGAGGAGAUUGGGAUGCUGGAGGACAUGGAGGUUGGAAUAUCAGACCUGCAGAGAGUCCUGUUCCAGAUCACAGAGGCCCAGACAGACGACUUCAGGGACCUUCAGCCUUUAGUGUGUGGCCGACGAGACCACUUCACUGUGGAAGUGCCAUUACCAAGACUGGUUUUCCAGAACUUGCCAGUGGAGAUCAAGGAGGGAAAGCCUCUACGAGUGUUUCCCGUGCUGUUCAACGUGGGCAUCAACGAACAGCAAACAAUAGCCGAGAGGUUCGGAGAUAUCUCUCUACAAGAAAGAAUAAACCAGAGGAACUUUGAGACGUUAGAGGCCUAUUACAAAUCAUUAAGUGAAAAGGUGCCACUAGAAUGUCUACCGUCUUUUCAGACGCAGGCUGACAUAAAAGAAUUACUUGAAACCCUGGGCCAGAAUGUAGUUACAAAGAAGAGAAAGAAUGUGGAGAUCCUCUGGACUGCUGGAGCGAUCUGCCGACGGUUAAAUGGCAUCAGGUUUACCAGCUGUAAAAGUGCCAAAGACCGGACAUCCAUGUCUGUCACACUCGAGCAGUGUGCCCUCCUACGGGAUGAACACCGGCUCAGCAAGGACUUCUUCAUCCGGGCUCUGGACUGUAUGCGGAGAGAAGGAUGUCGGAUUGAGAACGUUCAAAAGAAUAUUAAAUGCAGGAAGUACGCCUUCAACAUAUUGCAGCUGAUGGCCUUUCCCAAGUGCUACCGACCGCCUGAGGGGACCUACGGUAAAGUCGACUCUUGAGGAACUAAGCCACCACAAUCCUUGUGUGUCACCCAAGUUUAAUGUGUUGAUGUUUUAAAUGGGUUAUUGUUUGUAACCCCCGAAAGAACUGAGCUGGAUUUAGUAUUUUCCAGAUUUGUGUUUGGUUGGAUGUGUUAUUUGUAAUUGAACGCACUUUUCUUCAUGCAUAUCGUUGCUGGUUAAACUGCUUAAAGUCAGAAGAAAGAUCAUUUCAUGCAAAACAUUUCCUUGGAAUAAAUACUGCUCUCCACGAUGACUUCACAAUGCUUCACAAACUACUAAUAUUCCAUGUUUGGAUGUUCGGUUUUACGUAGUAAAGAUUUCUGCAGUUUCAGCAAUUGUUCUCUACAUUCUUUCAUGUAUUCAUGCCCAAAUAUUUGCUUGUUUUUGACUGAUUCCGACAGAAGCAUGUGUUAAAUCUUCUUUCAGGACUAGUUUCAUUAUUUUAAUGGAUGCACCGAAGCUUUUUCCAGAAUAUUUUUAUACCUCAAGGUACAGGACACAAUUAGUAUUUUUAACCAGCGUUUCUGAAUGCAAAAUAUCAAAUUCAAUUAUUUAUUUUUGUAUUCUUUUUUUAUACUUAAAUGGUUGAUACGUUGGAAUGUAAUGCAUGUUUGCUGUGUUAAACAUUGGACAUUUAAAAUUGUCUAUUGUGUUGAAAUGAAAUAAAAGAAGGGAUCAAUGUG